UAGUUUUGUGGUGGAAUAUUUAUGGAAACCUUGUACCAAGAUUGCAAAGUAUGGCUAAAAGGAUACUUUCAUUGACCACAAGCUCAUCCGGAUGUGAGAGAAAUUGGAGCACUUUUGAGGGGAUCCAUACAAAGAAAAGGAAUAGACUAGAUACAACGAGGUUGAACAAUUUAGUUUAUGUCCAAUUCAAUGCCAAGAUCAUCAACAAGAAGAGAAGAAUGAAAGAGAAGAAUGUGGAUGUAUUACUAGCAUGUGAAGCUACUAUGGCCCAAGGAUGGAUUGUGGAUGGUGGUGAUGAAGAUGUAGAUUCCGAUCUUACUAGUGAAGUAGUUGGAGAGGGAUCGGGAUUGGGAGUGGAUAGUAGCUUAGAGCAUAGGAGAAGUAGUAGAAUUCAAGAAAUUAGGGAACUUCAUGAGGAGGAUUUUGUAUCGGAUGAAGAGGAAGAAGAUGAGAUGACUUUUGAGUUUGAGUCCGAUGAGGAGGGAGUACUAGAGGGAUAUGGAGAAGAAGAAUUUGAGGGUUAGGCUUGGAACUUGGAAGUGGAAGAUUUGGAAUGUUGCAGAUUUAUAUAAUUAUAACAUAUAGCAGAUUUGG